AUGUACAGCCUUCGUCACCAUCGUGUCCACAGUCACGAUGUUACAAGUUGUAAUAUUGAUCAAGACCGAGUCACCUCUUUCCUCUUUGAAACUAUAGACGAGAAACUUCGUGUAGGUUCCAAAUCAGCCCCGGUCAUCAUGAAUCGCGACCCGAAAACGAUGGAUCAACUCCGAUCCUUCCCGAACCCCUUCCAGGAAAAUCCAACCACAUACGGCAUGAGUGCUGAACAUAAAGCUCGUCGCGAGAGAAUACCUCCAUGGUUUAGAACUCCGCGUCAGAUCUUCGAGCUCGGCGGAGAGCGAGAUUCGCUUUCAGAAACUGCCUAUGGGCAGGAUCUCAAAGACUAUCUUCUUUACCAAGGAAUCCAUAUGGGAAUCGGCUCUGAUGUCACUUUGGUCAUCACUGACGUAAAGACCUUCAAGCUUCACCGCUUCAUGCUUUCCCAAGCUCCAAUGUUCAGAGAGGCCUUCGAACAGCUUGGUGAAGAUGCCGAUCCGUUCCAUUGGGAUGCAAUCGAUGACAUUGUGGAUAUUGCUGCAGUUGAGCAUAUCAUCAAUCGUAUGUACGGUAACAUGGGAGACAAGCACUACGAAGCCAAAAACUUGGUCCCUCUCAUGGGUAUUUGCAUCCAAUGGGGUCUCGGUAACUGGUUUCAUGCUUACUUGGACCGUUUCAUGUCCCGUCUCUCAGCUGAAAAUCUCACUCAGAUUGUCGACUUUGCCAUGGAUGAGUUCUAUGGAGAAUGGGUUGAGCCACAUGUUCUUCCUAUAGUCAAACAUUACAUGACUCGCUACGGUUCUCACCUCGGAUUGAAGGUCUGGCGUGCUCUUCCAGUCGAUUGGGUCGUCCAGAUUCUUACAUACGAUGGGUUUAUCCUCACUGACACCCGAGCCUGCGACGCUAAAAGGGAACUUGGAUACUGUCAAGUUGUUAUGGGGCAUGAGUAUGAACGUUGGGUCUUCGCCCGUAACAUCUAUUACGACCGCUUGGGUCUCGAUGAUGAAGUUCUUCAUCAAUUGGAGCAGAACCGUGUCUUCCCUGAACACAUCACGGCUGAACUGAUUGAAGAACAGUACCCUCUCUAUGAACUCCUCAACGGCCAAAGGAUUCAAUAUUGCAACAUGAGUCCAUUCAAUUGGCAACAAGUUCGAAAGGAGAAACUUCUUGCAGCUGAUGAGUUGGUCCGUCCAGAUGUUCUCGCUACUUCAAUCUUCAAUGCUGUUCGUCUCCGCCGAUGUAUCCAAGAUGCAAACUUGGAUCGUUCAAAGCUCAAUCUCACUUUCCCAUACAGCCCUGAGCUAUUGGAGGAAGGUCAGAAUUUCGAAGUUCCCAAUAUUGACCGUUACAUCUACCGUCCUCGCCGUGUCGAGCUUCAAAAAGACCCAGUCAAAUUCCCUAAGAUUGGUGAAGAUGGCAUCCCGGUUACUGGUGACGUCGACUUCCCACAGCUGACCUCGAUUCCACCAAUUCGUUUCUCUGUUGAAUUCCAAUUCCAUCGCGGAAUUGGUGCCAUGAACACCAGUUCCCCUCUCUGUGCCGAACCCGUUUUCUACGCUGGCAGUUGGUGGCAAUUUUCCAUUAGAAAAAUCAAUGACGAAACUGAGUCAGCGGAACGUAUCAACAUGUACCUCCGUCGUGUCGGAAAGCCGGCUCGACCACCCCGAUCAGCUGUCUCUGAUGAAACCUCGGCCACUUUCCCCGAAGUCAACUACGAGGCGCUGACCCGCCAACAUCUUGAAGGACUCUAUGAUGGAAAACUUCUUGACAAGCUUUUGGAAGGAGAGGCCUCUUCCAUGGAAUUCUACGAUGAUAAACGCCAAAAUGUCACUGCUUAUUUUCGCGUCUUCGCUCCGUCUCUCAUAGCUGGUUACGAUCCAGAGAAAUUCAUCAUAAUCUCAGGUUCCGACUUCCCAAAGAUCCGAGCUCCGGCCAUCACACGCACCACAAUCUUUGAAGGUAAACCCAUCGUCUUUCCUUUGGAUACCGAUAUUGUCAUCCCCGGCCGACUCCUAGUUCACGAAGUCGAGGAAGCGGAGGAGUUGAAAGACUUCAGCAACGACUCACCUUAUUUCGAGGGCGAAUGCAACAAAAUCCUUGAGGGCGGUGCUAUUGAGUUGCCAAAGAAACGUGAGAGCUAUCAAGCUACUAUUUACCAUCACACUGGAGAAGUCUUUGGCGAAUGGGAAAAGGAAGGUAAAGGUGGGCCGGAUCGUAAGGUUACCAUGGCGCUCAAGGAGAGGGAUAUUGCUUGGUCUAACUUGAAAUUUGGUAUUGUAAUUGGGAUUGUCUAA